CUCCUCUUUCUCCGCACGCGCACCUCGUUCUCCUUUGCCCCGCGGAUGCACGCUGGUACCACAGCACCGGCGCGCGGAAAGUUCACCUCCAAGUGCGUGCGUGCGCGCGCGCGGGCGCUCCCAAUCGGUCGGUCAAAUAGAGCGCGCCCCCCCCCACGCAGAUCGCUGUUUAAAGGGAAACACAAGAACGCUGAGUCAAUCGGCGGUGCGUGCGUGGAUCGUUUUUCUUCCCCCCCUCCCCCCCCCGCACCCCUCCACCCCCCCUCUCCCUCCCCUCCCUCGCCCCGACAUGGCCCCCGGGACGCAGACGCGCUCGGAGGGACUCGGCGCUCCGCGGGAAUGAAGCCGGAGGAGCGCGCAUCUCGGACGUAGGGACGCGGCAGAGCGGCGAGCACAGCGGGACCCGCGCGCGCAGACAUGCAUCGGCUUCUGCAGCGGAGGAGCGUGCGCAGGCUGCGGGUCGUCUGGGCGUCUCUCGCCCUGGUGGCGCUGUCCCUGGCGGCGUGCAGCGCGCUCUUCACGGCGUGGACCUGGCGACAGACGCGCGACCUGUCGCAGUCCUUCAAGAUGCUGCAGGACCGCGUGGAGCAGGUCAAUACCCAGAGGAAGGCCAUUGUCCAGCUCAUCCUGGAGAAGAGAGAGCUGCUGGUGGGACAGAGAGUGAAGAGAGACGGGGGGGCGCCGCGAGGGAGGAAUGGGAACGGAAAGAAAGCGGCGUCUCAUUUCGAGAUAACCAAAGUCUCCUCUCAGCAAGUGGGAGAGGGCGGCGUGAUAAAGGGCUGGGAGGAGAGGACGUUGAAUAUGAGUAAAGCGGUGAGGUACAACAAGGAACAAGGCACCUUCACCGUGGAGAAAGCAGGCGUCUACUUCCUGUUCUGCCAGGUGUUGUUCAACGAGCAGCAGUCCCAGUACGUGAAGCUGGACGUGGUGACGAGCGGCCAGAGGCCCCAGAAGCUGCAGUGCAUGGAGGGCUACGGGACGACCCCCUCCGCCGGGCCCCACCGCUUCCACUUCCUGAAGCCCUGCCAGGUGUCCGGCCUCCUGCGGCUGGACCGCGGCACGGAGCUGCAGGCCGUCACGGGCUCCGCCUUCCGGCUGCACACCCUGGGCGACCCGUCGGCCUCGCUGCACGUCUUCAGCAUCUUUAAAGUCAACUGAGAAGCCGCCAGCAAACGCAACUUCCUGGGCGGUCGCGCCUCUCCUCCCCCUCCACCCCCCCCACCCCGCCUCCCCCCAAAAUAACCUUGAUAUGAAAGACGACCCAGACAUUCGUGGAAGUUGUGGAAUUCUUUUUUUUUUUUUUUUUCUUUCACUCGCGCUGCUGUUUCCGGCAACGCAAAGACACGGACGUUUGGAAUUUACGUGAAUGUCCGCCCGAUACUCGGGUGUCCACGUUGGCCGCCGCGUAACAAAACGCGCUCGCGCCCCCCGUCUUUGAUCCCGGCCCGAGCUGCGCGUGCACCUUCCACUUUUUAUAUCAGCGGUGCCUCGAGGAGCCGAGAGCACGUCCGACCUCGACACUAUAACGCCAGUUGUCGAUACUAUUUUAUACUUGUGUGUGUGUGAAUAUUAUGAUCAGUACAAGGCAACGUGUGUGUGCGAGUGUAAGGUAUUUUUUAUAACACUUUGUAUUGCGCUUCGCACAUAUUUUACUUUUUUGAAAUUUCAGAUAACAUGGAUGUGAAUUUGUGCUUCUCUUUUUUUAAUGAUUGAAUUGGAGGGUUUUUUGUGUUAUGGGCUUUUAGGGAGUAAUUUCCUCAGCAAGCAAAGGUUUAAAUAUAGCUUUGUUUCUCUUUUCUUCCUUUUCGAUAUGUGAUAUCAAAUAUUACAUAAAUUUUGUAUUAGAAAAUAUUCUGAUAAAUACUUUAAGUGCAUCGCGACGACUAAAUAUGAGAACGAUAAUUGACCGUCUUGUGAGCAUGUUGGUCUUCUAAUCACCAUGACAACGCCAACAGCAUGCUAGCUUUGCCUAUUAGCACUUUGGCCUUUCGCUGACUCUAAUUUCAUCAAGUCAAGAAGGGAACAAAAUGACCUCGACCAAUGCGCAGCUCAUAAAUCACAAGAAGAAAAUCAAACCUGCCCCCACGAUUAUUUCAUUUAUAUGGGUUGUAAACAUUUUGAUGACCUGAAAAACCGGGAGGAAAGUUUAAAGUCCAAAUAAAAUCCGAUACGCAUCGAAUGAAGCGCCUGAUGUUUGUUCUCCGUCACGUUGUAAGACUGUCACUUCUUUAUUUUGAAAGUGAAAUUCCUUCCAUUUUCCCAAGUGCUGCUGCUUUCUGUAAUAUUCCCCUCCACAAUACAAACUGUGUGUAUUUCCAGCAGCGGGUUCAGCACUCCCACUCUUGUUUAUAAGUAGUUUUUGUGGAUGGACCGCACCGGUUCCUCCUCAGCACUUUAGUGCAGCGAGCAAAGCGUCUUUAAUUGGAGCCGAACGUUCCAUGUUUUAAAAAAGCAAAAAUGACCGUUUUUGAAAUGUGGACGUUAUCGGCGUGUGUGAUUUCGUCACUGCUUUCCUCUUCUUCCUUUUUGUGUGUCUCUCAGCCUCCACACCGCUACCACCAUCAGCCCCCCCCCUCCGCCCUCCCCCGUGCACCUCACAUUUCCCUGUCAGCACCAACCAGACACACACACACACACACACAUAUGCACACAUGCACACACACGCACGAGAAGCCAUCUACGUUUUCACUUCCUGAAAAGCUGAAAGUCUUUCCGAACACACACACACACACUUGCCGCAAUUCCUAUUUUUCUAAAUGUCAAAGUUCUUGGUCACAGUUCUUAUGCAAUGUCCCGGGUUUUUUUCCCCCUCAUAAACUUUUGUGUUGUUUUGAAAAAAGCUUCAAACUUUGAUGAAAAACUGCUUGUGUGCCUCCAAAAAAAAGUGAGCAAAUGUUCUAAAAUGAAUGAAUUGGAUGGGUUUUAUAAUAAAUUUAGAGCUGAUUUAAAGCGGAUUGACA